UCUCGAUCUUCUUUCUUCAUUCUGACCAAGGUGACAGAUAUUCGUUCUUAAGAAUUGCCAACAUGACUUCAGAUGAUACCAAUGUCCCUCCCAAGGAUGCGGAGACAACCGCCGUCCAGUCGCCCACCUCAGCAUCGAGAUACAGCAAGCACAUUGUUUUAACAACAUAUCCCGGUCAAAGCGGUAUCGACCCUGUUCCUCUCGAAUGGGGGGCUCCAGACGCAGAAUCUCGCGGUCCUGUCGUCGUCUCUCGCAGCGGAGCCUUCGUCAAGCGUCGCAAUGCGAUGGGCGCUCAUGGUGGGAGUUACAGUAUCUACAAUGCGUUAGCUAUUGCUGCGGGAGACCUGGAUCCCAACUUCCGCCCGAACUUCGUCAAUACGGAGCCUACCUUUGAUUUCCCCUGGCAGCCAGCCUGGUCCGACAAGACUAAGAUUGUGUCUAUGGACCCCUACGGUCAUGAUGUUGUCAAGUACUUUUCGGAUAAAAUCAACGCUGGCUGGGAUAUUCGGCCCACAAUGGCCGUGACUCGUGCCAACAUGAAGCUUGCGGAAAUUGGCGAAGCGGUUCGUGAUGGGCUGUUGGAAGUUGACGGCUCAAUUGUAGUGGACUCCACUGGUGAAGUACGUGUGACAAAGGUUGCAGUCGAGCCUGUGUGGUAUCUACCUGGGGUUGCCGAACGGUUUGGAGUGGAUGAGCCUACGCUUCGUCGGACUCUGUUCGAGCACACAGGAGGCAGUUACCCAGAGUUAAUAACGCGACCAGACCUGAAAGUCUUCCUUCCCCCAAUUGGCGGAUUGACUGUCUAUAUCUUCGGACCCCCGGAGAGGGUAUCGGAUGAGAACGUCAAACUGGCUCUACGAAUCCAUGAUGAGUGUAACGGCAGCGAUGUGUUCCAAUCGGAUAUCUGCACGUGCCGGCCCUACCUGGCGUUCGGGAUUCGCGAGGCCAUCCGAGAGGCACAGAAUGGUGGCAGUGGUGUUGUAAUCUACUUCCGAAAGGAGGGCCGUGCCUUGGGAGAAGUGACCAAAUAUUUGGUAUACAACGCACGCAAGCGUGGCGGCGAUACUGCCGAUAAGUACUUUACUCGGACGGAGAAUAUAGCAGGAGUACGAGAUAUGCGAUUCCAAGCCCUCAUGCCCGACAUUCUGCAUUGGUUAGGAAUCAAGAAGAUCGACCGGAUGCUAUCGAUGUCCAACAUGAAGCAUGAUGCCAUCGUCGAGUCAGGUAUCAAGAUCGUCGAGCGUAUACCCAUCCCCGAGGAUAUGAUCCCUGAUGACUCGAGAGUCGAGAUCGAUGCAAAGAUCAAUGCUGGAUAUUUUACCACCGGCAAAGCAUAUACUAUGGAGGAACUUGCCCAAGUGCGCGGGCGGGGCUGGGAGAAGUGGGAAGAUAUCACGCACUGAUCAUCGCAAGCCGGCUAUCUGUUCGCUGGGAUUAUAUAGCUUUGGGCAAAUGGCCUUUAUUCAUCUCUUGCAUGUUCCUAGUU